ACCCUAUCUUCUUCUUCACAGAGUGGGACAGGAUCCUGCACUCCGUCGGUGGAAGCGCUUAAGAUCAUGGGAGGUCUUGAGGAAGAAGAAAGUAAACGGGUCAAGUCGGACAGUAGUAAAACUUGGUUACAAGGCCCCCACUCUAUAUCACGGCAAAGUUGUCGCUUUGAGCUUCCAAUGGACAUGCUUGUUCUUGAGCAGCUGUCUCCUUUGCAAUACGUAUCUCAGUUUUGCCGUGUUAACAGUCGCCGCAAGACUCUUUAUCGACAUUAUUUCAUUAAAAUUGACCGAGAUAGGGACGGCGUUAUUAACAAGAGAGAACUCCAAAGCGCCCUCCGAGAUCUUUACGCCCAGUCCAUCAACGUCGCACAAGUAAAUGCUAUUCUCGAACUCUUGGAUAUCGAGAAAUCCAUACGUGCAUUUGACCUGGAUGUGUUCACGGCUGUGGCAGCGUUCUCUGAGCGGUAUUUGUACUACUGCUAUAGCUUAGCCAUGCAGCAUGAUCAAACUGAGAGACGUAUGGUUUUAGAGGAGACUGACUUCUGCGCCUUGCGCUGGAAACUCGAAGGAUGCAAAAUCAAUGACAAGUUGAGGAACGUUUUAGCAAUGUUAUAG